AUGGUUUCCAACAAGAAGCGUCUGUACAUCGCCCUCUACCCCAGCGGUGUCGUUAACAACGAGGAAAGACGCUAUCACUGGGGGUUCCUCGUGGGGCCCAAGGACGAGAAGUCGGAAGAGGUGCCCGGGGCGCGCUACCACGUCAGGAACAUGCCUGUCCGCGGUUGGAUAUACGAGGAGAGACAACUCGAUAACGUCCGCGGCACCGCCAGCCUCCUCACCCGCAUCGUCAUCGCCAAAAUCACGGACGAACAGCGCCUGGUCGAAAUCUUGCGCAACAACCCCGUCGUUCAGCACGACCCAAACUGGCGGUGCCGCACCUGGGUUGCACAGGCGCUCAGGGCCAUCGAGCAGGACGGCAAGUGCGUCGGCUCCGCCGUCCUAGACUGGGAGACCAUCGAGGCCACGGCGAGGGAGUACACCGCCACCAAGGCCGGCGAAGGGCGCUUCGACACCGGAGACAUGCUCAUGCCCAAGCCUACAUGGGACAUGCUUGAGAAUCGCGAGGUGGUUCCCUAA